AUGCCUGUCUGUGGCUGCACAAUGCUCUGUGUGCUGUCUCUGCUGCCUCUUCUAAACACGGUGUUGGGCUUCCAGCUGUGUCCCAGCCUCUGCCUAUGCUACGAGUCCUCUGACCUGGUGGACUGCCGGUCUCGUGAUCUGGUCCGGGUCCCUCCCAGUGUCCCCCACGGCACCUGGCUGUUGGAUUUGAGUGGAAACAAGCUGACUGAGGUACGCACCAGAUCCUUUGUGGGGUUGUGGUCACUGAAGAUCCUCCUAAUGUCCAACAACAGCAUCCAAACUCUGCAGCCACAGGCUCUGUCGUCACUGCGGUUUCUGGAGAGGCUGGACUUGAGUUUUAACCGUCUGCGUUGGCUCCCUCAGGGCUUCUCUCAGAGUCUGCCCUCCCUCCAGGAGCUCCGGCUGGACCACAACCUGCUGCAGCACCUGGACUCUACCUCGCUGGGUGAUUUUGAAAACCUGAGGAAACUGGACCUCGGUUACAACCACAUCCGGGCGAUUGAUGUCAGGGCUUUCAGCAGCCUGUAUCGACUGAGCCUCCUCAACCUGGAAGCAAACAGGCUGAAUGUGCUUAAAGAUGGCCUGCUGAGCAGGCAGCGACGCCUGGAGGUGCUGCUGCUCAGCCACAACAACAUCUCACUGAUCGAGAAUGAGGCUCUGGCUCCUUUGCGGAGUCUGACUCUGCUGGGUCUCAAGGGAAACCGGCUGGAGCACAUCAGGUUCAAGACCGUCCUGAAGCUCCAGACCACCACCCACCUUCAACUAUCCUCCAACCACUGGACCUGUGACUGCGAGCUGCAGCGCGUCUUUGGCAAGAUCCGACGUGUUCAGCAUCUGCAUGUGGACGACUACAAGGACAUCAUCUGCCACGCUCCUGCUCAGCAAGCCGGGAGCUUCCUGGAAUCACUGGACAGCCAGCUGUGUAUCACUGAGACAGCAUCUGUGCUGGUCAUCACCAUCACUGUGGUGCUGGCCGUGAUUGGUACCCUGGUCAAAGGGGAGCACAACUGGAAGACGAACAAACAAACUGUAAGUGAUACAGAGUCAGAAAGAUAA